AUGUCUCAUGCUACCCCCCGGAGCGCUUUGACCAAACGAAAGGCCGAUGGAGAUUCUUUCGCCGAUGGUGGAAAGAAAUAUAAGCUUCGACGGCGUGCUAAGAAUGACAUCGACAUUGUCGGUGACGACCAACAACCUGACCCAACUGUCGAGGCCAACCAACAACACAUCCGCAUUAUCGGUGACGACCAACAACCUAGCGAAACUGUCGAGACCGACCAUCAACCUGACAACACUGCUGACUACACUGUCGACGCCGACCAACAAGCCAUGCCUUCCUCUUCUGUCCCUGACGAUCACAAAAUGUUGAAGAUAAAGGUCAUCGACGCCGCCUACAUCAUCCCUGACAAGAUUAUGGAGGUUGAUUAUGAUGAUACCAUCUCGACAAUAUCCAUAGCGACUAUGGGAUGA